GAGCCAUCUGCCUCGUUACGCGCGCCGAGCCAGAGGCGCGGAGCGCCGCGGAGGAGGGUCACAGGUGCGCGGUGGACGCCGCGCUGGCGGGCGCCUGGCGCGGGCUGGACGGCUUCGGCUGCCGCCUGGGCGGCGACUUCCCCGUGGGCGGCGCCGCCGGCGGAGACCCAGGGACCUACGGGGAGGUCACCUCGAGCGGGGCGCGGCGGGUGGCGCGGGCGCUGGGGAUGGACACGCUGGGGCCGGGAAGCGACCUCGUCUUCUUCGACCUCGGCAGCGGCGUGGGCAGGCUCGUGGCGCAGGCCUACCUGGAGUGGCCCGCCGUGCGCCGGGCGGUGGGCGUGGAGCUCUCCGCGGAGCGCGCCGCGCGCGGCACGGCGGCCUGGGCGGCGCUGGCCGCGAGCGGCGAGGCGCUGGCGCUGAGGAGGGGCGCGCUGUCGCUGCGCCCCGAGGGCGGUGGUGGGGCGCCCGGGUGCUCGCCCGCGGCGGACGUCCAGCUGCUGGAGGGGGACCUGUUGCUCGCCGACCUGGCGGAGGCCACGCACGUCUACCUCUCCUCCCUGUGCUUCGGCGACGCGCUGCUUGCGCGCGUCGCCGAGAGGCUCGUCCGGGACGCCCCGCGGCUGCGCGCGGUGGCCAGCCUCCGGGCGCUGCCCAGCGGCCGGCCGCCGGGCCUCCGCUACACCGGCUCGGUGGAGGCAGCGGCGGCGCUCCCGGGCGUUCUGCAGGCACGAGACGCGAGCCCCAGCGAUGCGGACUCCGACGAGGAGGAGGACGACGACCGGAGGGAUGCCUCGCCCGCCCGCCACGGCCUCGACGGCAUCGACACGGGGGGCGUCCUCGAGGACCCGGCCGCGCUCGAGAGCAUGAGGAGGGCGGCUUACGAGGCCUGCUUGGCCGAGGUGCGAGGCCACCUGGAGGACUUCCUGAAGAGGCGGCCGAGGGACAGCUACGAGCGCUGGAUCGCCGAUCUUCAUCCAGAGAACGUGCGCAGCAGCGCGGACGGCCGCGGGUCCAGCAUCGACGACCGUUUCUACAUCGAAGGCAACGACUACAGGAGUCUCUGGAACGCGCGGGUUGAGCCCGCGCGGCGGGUGGCGGCGCGCCGCAUGGGCGCGGAGGGCGGCGGCAGGACCGCCCCCUCCCUGGGGCAGCCGGCCCCGCGGCGGCCGGUGCUGGUGGCGCCGCCCCAGUGGUUCGUGCCGCACGCGGCCUCGGCGCAGCUGCUGGCGCGGGCCGCCGCCGGCAACAUCGCGUCCGGCGGGCUGCCGCGGCCGCGGCACAGCGCCCCUGGGGGCCCAGCAGUGGUGGUGGCGCAGCCGCAGGCGGCGUACGCCGUCGUGCAGCCCCUGCGGCUGCCGCUCCCGGCCUCGCGGAUCCGCGGCGCCGCCGGGGGGCGGCCGGGCUCCUUCGCGGUGCCCGGCGCCGCCGCGGAGCCGACGGUGCCUGCGGGCAGCGGCCUGGAGGCGGAGGGCGCCCUCGCGGCCCUUGACGCGCUGCAGGCCACAGAGGUGGGGAUGCAGCCUGUCGCGCAGGGCCCGCCGCCACAGCAGCUGGUCCUGCACCACUUCUGGCCGCCGUCGAAUAUCGUGGUUGCCCCGGGCUGGCAGCGUUGCUCGACGCGGGUGGUGGCUCCCAUGCGCGCCGUCAGCCCGCAGCCCGUGCGGUUCGUCCCGGUGCCCGCCGCGGCGGUGUCGUGGCAGCUGGUCUGA